AUGUCGGAGCACGUCGGCGCGCCGUUCACGGCGUACAACCAGGCCAGCGCCCCAAAGGUGCUCACAGGCAACUUUUUCGAGGAGCGGGCCCUGCUGGCCGCCACGGGCAUCGCGCGGCGCGCCCCAAUCCCGGCCGCCGGCGCCGCUGGCGUUGCCAGCCGCGGCGGCGACGUCUCCACCGCCGCCUCGGACGCGUCCCCGCGGGCGUCCGGUGCUUGCGGCUGCAGCAGUGGCGGCAGCGUGUUCCCGAGCCCAGAAGAGAAGGCCGCCAACGCAGCGCAGCCGGCGACUUUUCAGCGCGUGAUUGAGCACAGCGAGCAGCAGUCCCCCGCGUCCUGGGCCAGCCACGCGCGCGCCGCCCAUGCGCCGCCGGCCGCGCUGCGCGAUUCGCUGCCCGGCGCGCACAAGGGCUGCCCAUCUGUCGGCCCGCGCGAGGCCGAGGAGCUGCGGCGGCUGUGGCAGCGGGCCGCGGCCGCGGCGGCCGCGGCGCGCGAGGCGCCGGCGACGGCGGCGCCGGAGGGGUGCCGCGCGACCGCGUACGCAGAGGCUUUCAAAGCGCCGCCAUUGGAGGGCCAAACGCUCGGAGCGCGGGUCAUGAAGACGCGCGAUGGCGGCCCUGUGUUGCGCGACCCCGAAUUUCUGGUGGAGGCCGGCCUGCUGGACCGCGCCAUCGCAGGCCGCGUGUUCCGCCGCCAGCUCGCCUUCAGACACCGCUCGGGCUCGCCCGCGCUUGGAUGCGGCGGCGGCGGCGGCACGCCCGGGGUCGUGGGCCCGGCGGCAGCGGCGGCGGCGGCUGCGACGGGCGGCAGCUGGGCGGGCAUGGCUGAGGCGCAUGCUACGGGUGACGACGAGCCCGUGACGAUCUACAGCUUUGACUGGCAGCCUGCGGCUGGCGGCAGCGGGGGCAGGGCUUGCGGCCCUGCCGCGGGCGCCCUGGACCGCGGCUGCGGCGCGACGGCGGGCGGCGGCAGCGGCGUUGCGCUGACGGCUGCGGCGACGUCGGGCAAGCACGUCCUGACCCAGAGCUUUUACGGCACGGGGGGUUCCAAGGCGCGGCCGAUGGCGCGCAACGACCAGUUCACAAAGCUGGCGGGUGACGUUAACAAACUGCCCGGCGUCUGA